AUGGCCGCCAAAGACCUUUCGUAUGUCAAGACUACUACUCCCCUUGAUCGAGAGAUCCAGCAAAAGGAGGUAAGCUUCCACUUGUACAUGUUCCAGACAGAGGAGACCCAGCGAAUUGUGAUCAAAAGAGAGGAGAACCAGCGUAAUUCCCCCAGUGACUUUGAGGCCAUGGCCGUGCAAGAGUGGCCCAUACGGGAUGGUCCUACCUUCGAAGCAAAUAUUGUUGCGCAUGCCGUGGGCCUGCAUUUCGUCGUCAGUCGGACUGAAGCAAAAUGGUUCAUCUGUUUCAACAUAGUUUUCACCGACGAAAGGCUCAGGCCAUCCAACCUUAAGGUGCUCAGAACUUUGGUCGGAAUGGAUGGUGAAUGGUCGAUCAUUGGUGGGACUGGAAAAUUUGCCUUUGUGCAAGGUGUUGCUACUUACAAAGUAAUCGAGGUUGCUGAAAAGUACAAUGUCAAGGAGCUCCGUAUCCGUGCUCUGUGCCUCACCUUCCUCCCGAAACAAGUCCUUGUCACCAAGAUUGGACCAUGGGGUGGGAACGGAGGAAAAGAAUUUGACAUCAUAGAGUCGGCACCUCAACAUCUAGAAAGUGUGACAAUUAGAAGUGGUGUUGCCAUUGACUCAAUUGCGUUCUCCUACAUUAAUCAAGCUGGAAAGAAGCAAACUCUUGGUCCAUGGGGCGGCGAUGGUGAACUUACUGACACGAUCACUUUUGCCCCUUUAGAGAUUGUGAAGGAAGUUUCAGGAACAACCGGUACUUUUGGUGGAGAUACUAUUGUGACAUCAGUUACUUUUGUCACAAAUGUGAGGACAUAUGGACCUUUUGGAAAACCAAACGGUACUGCUUUCAGUGUCCCUCUUACAGACACCAACGUCGUCGGCUUCUUCGUGCGUGCUGGAAGACCUGUUAAUGCGAUCGGAGUUUAUGCGCGUCCUUCUGUUCAAAAUUAUUAGUGCCUACGUUGCUCAAGAAUAACCAGAGCUCUUGAACGGGCUGGCAUGUUAUAGGUUGCAGAGCUCUUGGACGGGCUGGCAUGUUAUGGGUUGCACUGGUCUCAUGUAUUACUACUUGGUUUUCCUUUCAGGGUUUCAUGCAUUUGUUACACAUGUUAUAUGUAUGUCUACUAGCGGAUUCGCGGUUAAGUUUCGGGUUAGGUCCGAAGCUGAUGGGUUUAACUGGGCUCUGGUCGCGGUUUAUGGUGCCGUGCAGCCCGAGCUUAAACCAAAGUUUUUGGCGGACCUUG